CGUACGCCAAAACAAAUGACCGCUUCCUAAACCCUAAACCUUAAACCCCCAUUUUUAACUUGUUCGUGUUCUCUGAGGCAGUCCCGGACCCAGAAAACAACAGAGAAAAUUGAAGCAUCAACUGGCAAAUCGCAUAGUCGCAUUUCCUCUGCAUCUCCUCUCUUCAGCACUAUCCCCCGCUUAAAACCCUAACAACAAAAGCAGCUUCUUAUAGUUGUAGUUGUAUCUACUGGCGGCGCCGCCUCUCCUUAUUUUCUCAGGGACGGGCCUGGAAAAGUGAAGCAUCAAUGGCACACUCAAAAAUGGAGAAGGAGCCAAAUUUUGAAGCUUUGAAGGAGCAAUUUCAACAUCAUAUUGACUCCUUUGAUCAUCUGUUAGAAAGUGGUUUAGAAACCAUGAUGAGCAGUAUUAAGCCUGUUUCAGUUCAUAACCCCACCACCGGAGAUACACUUCAAAUUUCUAUCGAGCAUCCGGAGUUGUAUCCUCCUCUUAAGGAUAAUAGGGGAAUGGCUAAGCCUUUACUUCCAUAUGAGUGUCGUCAAGCGAAGGUAUCAUAUUCCGGGAAGUUGAAGGCUGAUGUUUGCUUUCAGUAUAAUAAAGGAGCUGUUGUUAGGGACAGUUUUAAUUUCGGGCAGUUUCCUGUGAUGUUGAAGUCCAAGAUCUGCCAUCUGAGAAAUGCAUCCCCUGGAAAAUUGGUUUCUAACAAAGAGGAGCCAGCAGAGAUGGGAGGGUUUUUCAUCUUAAAUGGAAUUGAGAGGAUCAUUCGACUACUAAUAAUGCAAAAACGGAACUAUCCAAUGAGCAUGGUUCGUAGUUCAUUUCGUGCCCGUAGAGAAGGUUAUAGUGAUAAAGCAGUUGCCAUAAGAUGUGUUAGAGAAGACCAGUCCGCUCUUACCGUGAGACUAUAUUAUCUAAAUAAUGGUAGUGCUAGACUUGGAUUCGGGAUACAGGGGAGAGAGUUCUUGCUCCCUGUGGGAAUUCUUCUGAAGGCACUUAUUGAGGCAACUGAUCAUGAAAUUUAUGUGGCACUGACAUGUUCCUACAAUGAACAAUAUGAGGGAGUUGAAGGUGCCGUCGGCACACAACUUGUUGGCGAAAGAGCAAAAAUCAUUCUUGAUGAGCUGCAUGGAUUAUCACUUUUGACACGUCGCCAAUGUCUUGAGCAUAUUGGACAGUGCUUUCAACCUGUCAUGGAAGGGCUAGAAAAUGAGAGCUCUGUAGUUGUUGGGGACUCUGUGCUCAACGAUUUUAUUUUUGUCCACCUUGGAACCAAUAACCAUGACAAGUUUAAUCUUCUAAUAUUCAUGUUGCAGAAACUCUUUUCAUUGGUAGAUCAGACAUCUGUUCCAGACAAUCCGGAUGCACUGCAAAAUCAAGAAGUUUUGCAAGCUGGUCAAUUAAUUUCCAUUUAUUUGAAGGAUAAACUACAGGAAUGGCUUUAUAAAUCGAGGAAAAUUCUUAAUGAUGAAAUAAGCCAAAAAGGCGAAAAGUUUGAUUUCAGCAGCUUAGGCGAUGUCAAGAAGCUGUUAAACAAAAAUCCCUCCACACAAAUAGGUACUGCCAUCGAGAAUUUGCUGAAAACGGGAAGAUCGGCUUCAUCGUCAAGCCUUGACUUGCAGCAGAAAGCAGGCUUUGCUGUUCAGGCUGAUAGGCUUAACUUCCUGCGCUUUCUUUCGAACUUCCGAGCUGUUCACCGAGGUGCUGCUUUUGUUGGGGCUCGUACGACUACUGUGCGAAAGCUGCUUCCUGAGUCUUGGGGUUUUCUAUGUCCGGUGCACACACCUGAUGGAGGGCCUUGUGGAUUGCUGAAUCACUUGACAUGUACAUGUAGAAUUACAUCUUUCUUUGACCACCGUGGAGAAAUAAAAAACUUUGUCACAAUGAGAUCGUCUAUCAUUGAAGUAUUGGUGAGGAUGGGAAUGAAGUCCUCAUUGCCAAAGCUUGUCCAAGCUGGUCCUCCUAAAGUUCUUCCUGUCCUCCUUGAUGGACGAGUAAUUGGGUCUAUACCGUCUGGUCAAGUUGAAAUUGUUGUCAAACACUUGCGGAGAUUGAAGCUGUCAUCAGCAACAGCGGUUCCUAGCGAUUUGGAAGUGGGUUACGUUCCAAUGAGCUUUGGUGGAGCUUAUCCUGGAUUGUUUUUAUUUACUAAUCCUUCUAGGUUUAUUCGUCCAGUUAAAAAUAUUUCUAUUCCUUCUGAAGACAGUAAUGAUGUUGAACUAAUUGGCCCAUUUGAACAGGUAUACUUGGAAAUCCGAUGUCCCGAUGGUGGAGACGGAGGGAGACGAGAAAACAUUUCUGCAACUCAUGAGGAAAUACAUCCGACUGGGAUAUUAAGUGUUAUCGCUAAUCUUACGCCGUGGUCUAAUCACAAUCAGAGUCCACGUAAUAUGUACCAAUGCCAGAUGGCAAAACAAACUAUGGGUUUUUCGGCUCAAGCAAUCAAAUUCCGUACAGAUCAAAAGGCAUACCAUCUUCAGACUCCUCAAAGUCCAAUUGUGCGCACACGUUCCUACACCAAGUAUUGUGUCGAUGAAUAUCCCUCUGGGACCAAUGCAAUUGUAGCAGUUCUGGCUUAUACCGGAUAUGAUAUGGAAGAUGCCAUGAUUUUAAACAAAUCUUCUGUUGAUCGUGGAAUGUGUCAUGCCCAGAUAUAUCAGACAGAGACUAUUGAUUUGGCUGAAGAAAGUAGCAGAUCUGAUCGUUCAAGCAAAACUUUUCGAAGAAGUACUGUUGAUCAAUCAUCGCAUUCUUUGAUUGAUGUAGAUGGACUCCCUUAUGUUGGGCAGAUGAUUCAUCCUGAACAGCCAUACUGCAGUGUUUACAAUAGCACAAGUGGCACAAUUUUUACUCAGAAAAUGAAGGGUUCAGAAGCGUCAUAUGUUGAUUAUGUAGGCAUUGAUGGAAAGAACAAGAAAGAGCUUCAGAAGGUUAAUAUUCGGUUUCGGCGUCCAAGGAAUCCUAUUAUUGGGGAUAAAUUCAGCAGCAGGCAUGGGCAAAAAGGUGUUUGCUCUCGGUUGUGGCCAGAUAUUGAUAUGCCAUUUUCUCAUAAUACUGGGAUGCGUCCUGAUCUUAUCAUCAAUCCGCAUGCAUUUCCUUCAAGGAUGACAAUCGCAAUGCUUUUAGAAUCCAUUGCUGCAAAGGGUGGCAGCUUGCAUGGAAAGUUCGUUGAUGCAACCCCAUUUGAGGAAUCACUCAAGGGCGCUGAUGGAGAACAUGGAUCUGAGUCAAGUUCACUUGUUGAUGAACUUGGUUCCAUGUUAACAGCUCAUGGAUUUGAUAAAUAUGGUACAGAAGUCUUGUAUAGUGGAGUUUAUGGAACAGAGCUAACAUGUGAGAUCUUUAUUGGGCCUGUUUAUUAUCAAAGAUUGCGACACAUGGUUUCAGACAAAUUUCAGGUUCGUUCAACUGGAAAAGUGGAUCCGAUGACACGACAGCCUAUAAAAGGUAGAAAGUUUGGUGGAGGUGUUCGGUUUGGCGAAAUGGAAAGAGAUGCGAUGCUUGCACAUGGAGCUUCAUAUCUACUGCACGACAGGCUACAUAAAAGCUCUGAUUAUCACAUUGCUGAUGUGUGUUCUCUCUGUGGAAGCCUUCUCUCUGCUACAAUUAUCGAACCACACAAACAGGUGGUGCAAAAAAUUAAUGGAUUACCUCCAGCAAGGGCUCCCAAAAAGGUUUACUGCCAUUCUUGUAAGACCAGCAAAGGAAUGGAAACGGUCGCCAUGCCAUAUAUUUUUCGAUAUCUAGCUGCGGAAAUGGCUGCUAUGAAUAUUAAGAUGACCCUCAAACUAAGUAAAGGAGCAGGAGCUUGAAAAUUGAUAUACAAGCUUGUUUAUGUGAUUAAGCUAAGCUAAGUAGCAUGUUGUAUCAUUCGAGGCAGUGCAUGUGGAGAGUACAUAUAUUCUUGCUUGAUCAAAGGGGCAAAUGCGCAUGCAUAUGGCACAAAUCUUCUCUCCAAAAGUUCUCAAUUUUGCUUAUUUUUACGUUUUUGUCAGCAUACAACUACGAUGGUGAUUGUAUCAAUUGCAUUCUAAAUUUAUACCAAGUAUUUGUUUAAAUCA